GGGAGCAGCUGCAUUCGAAUCGCGAAACGGUCGUAUACCUGAACAGGUAAUAGAAGCAACAGGUCAUUUCAUCCGCCGAGGGGAGCUCCGCGCCGCACGAGCGGCUGACUCGAUCCCAGCCUAAUAACCACGCUAGUCGUGUUCUGCCUUUCACGGUGGGUGUAUGUCGGUUGGCGCUCCGCUGUACGCAGACUUUCACGCGAGUGAUUAUAUCGCGGUUUCAAGUUAUGUGCGCGAACGCACGCUUCAAUAACCCGCCGCUCAUUCGAUCGUGACAGUGCCAAUGUCUCCCAGUCUAGAGGGGAUCAUGUUCAACAGGAACGCAAACCUGUCAGCGCGACGGCCGCUGCUUGCUGAACCGCAAAAGCCUGUGGUGAUCCCACCGAGAGCACCGCCCCGAGACUAUGGUCCGCAGAGACCUUUACCCGCACCUCGGAAUCUACCACCCGAUUGUCACUACGACUACAAGACGGAGUGCUGGAAGCCGUCGAACGUCGAAAUCGAAAAACGACUGCAGGAGACGAGAGCUCGGGAGAAGAUCGGUUACUUUCAAGACAAAAUAACACCUCCCGAGUUGAAUUUGGACCGUAGGGAGGCGGAGUUAGUGUUCAGAUUCGACCCUCACGCGUCCGCUGAAUAUUUAUCGGGUCAGUAUCAAGCUCCCACAGUUCAAUAUGCAAAGCCCCCGACGCCGGUAAACGGGUUUGCUAACCGUCUACCGGAGAGAGACGGCCCUUUUGUGUUUGGAGUCCACAGCCCUAGCCAGUUUCCUAUUCCGCGUCGGGAUGAGGACGACUACGAUUAUUCCGAAGUGGCCGAUGAGAAUGGUCGUCCUGUGAUACGAGACGAUGAGUCUGCAAACUUAAAUUGCUGUGAUAAAGUGAACGAGUGGGCUGUGCGGGAUAAGAAAAGCCGAAGGACAUUAAAUCGAAUGUUCCAAAUCAAAGAUAGGCGAAAAGUGAAAGGUGGGAAGAAGGAGAAGAUUAAGUGUGUGCUAGUGGGUGAUGGAGCUGUAGGAAAAAGUUCUUUAAUAGCUGCGUACGCGCAGGACACAUUCCGGGAAGAUUAUCAACCCACGGCGUACGACACGUUUAAUGUUGUGGUGGACGUUGAUGAUCGGCCAGUCUGCGUAGAAAUCUGUGAUACUGCGGGGCAGGACUCAAUGUCUGAGCUCCGAGCCCUCUGCUACCCGGGUACUGACGUGCUCAUGCUGUGUUUCUCCGUGGUGCGACCGGAGACAUUCCGGUCCGUUGCCGAGCGGUGGACGCGAGCAGUCGCCGGUGUAAACGCCCCUCUGGUCCUUGUGGGGACCCAAAGUGAUUUGGCGCUUGAUGGACGUACGAUACAAGCUUUAAGAGCCCGUGGCGAGCACGCGGUCACAGAAGUGGAGGCGAGGGCCCUGGCAGCAAAAAUAAACGCCGUCUAUGUUGAGACCUCCGCGAAAACGAGGAGACAGCUGAAAGACGCUUUCGACGCCGCCAUCUUGGCGGGGCUGCCAGUUAUAUCGAGCAAACGACCCUUUUGGAAGAAACUUUUGUGUUUAAAUUGACAUUAACUUAUGUUCAAUUAGAUGGUUUCGAAGGCAUAAUAUAUUACUCUCUGUGGAUCAAUUAGAAAAGUAAAUAUCUGAAUUUAAAUAUCGCUGAAAAUCAGUAGGGAAGAGUUAUUUUUCAUCUACUUGAUCGUUAUUUCGUUAAUGUGAAUAACUUACACAGUGCUUACAAAAAUAAAUGUCUUAACAUAUCUUUACGGGUACAUAGAAAAUCUACUCUAAAAUCUAGAUCAAUGAAACUUCAAUGUGUUAUGGACCAGCCAUUGCAUGGACUUAGUGCGCUAAAAGUCAAACAAGCUCAUAAAUGUUGAAUAAAGACCGAAAAGCUUAUUAGGCGAUUGUAAAAUAGGCCUCUAGUAUAACAAAGGUAAACUUUAAUACUGCGUCGCUAGUUCCUUUCUUUGUGCUUGAACUUGGCUGACACGCUAUCGCGUGUCUUGAUCAAGUGAUAGACGUAAAAAGACUGGCAGGCACUGAUAGAUUAUUUAUUAGACAAAUAUAUGUCACAAACUUUCCUUAACGCUUCUCAAGCUAUACCUACCUGCCUAAUUGUCGUGAGUGGUUCCAAAGACACAUGAAAGGUUAAAUUGCUGAGUCAAACCAUGUGAACUUAGCGUUUACAAGAAGUGCGCGUUCGAUCGAGAGUCUUGUGAUUAGACCCAGGCAGAUACCGAUGCGACCCAAUCCACGUCCUUAGCCGGUUUUAUGUGUUGGUCCUACAUGAAAGAUUAUGUUCUUUUUUUUUGCUCAUGUUUAUUUCAUAGGCCAAGAUAUUUAAUGAAUGGUAGAACGUAUACAUAGUAUUUUUUUUUACAAAUGAAUUUAUUAAAAAUAAUAUUUCAAUAGAAUGCAAUGUUUUAAAGUAAAAUAUGUUCUUUUAAUAUUCAUAAUAAAUAAAAUAACUCCAAAGAGUAUCGAACUGUUGAUGGAAGGAAGAAUGCGUUAUAUUGCAUGAUUAAGUAGGUAUGUGCCUUUAUCUAGAAUUAUAUUGUUAUGACUCUAAAUUUUACAUUUCACUAUAGCCAAACAAAAAGUAAACUGAGUAAAUAUGGCAGAACUUCAAAAUACUGUCAUUUCCUUAAUUUAACAAAGCAAUGGAAAGAGAUGGAUUGAAUUUUAGUAUGGUCAAUAGAAUCGUUAUUUUUUGUGUGCAUGAUUGAUUGGUAUAAGAUAGUUUUGUGGUCAAAAAAGUUUUUGUGUAAAAAAGUUAUAUAGGCAAAUAAAAAUGAUAAAUAAUUAUAAAAUAAUAAAUUUAUGAAAUACUUAAAUUAGAAAUGUGAUCACGAAAUAUUGUUAACUU